CGAUGUCGCUGGUCGAGUGUUGUUGCCGUGAAAUGUGCGCAACAGCGCAUGCGCAGAAUUAUUCACUCGACUCGUUCCCGACUUCAGCCCAUUUUGCUCCGAUCACAAAUAUAUACCGACUUUUGUUGUUUAUUGUAAAAACGAAAUGGUGAUUGUAUUAAAAAACGAUGAAUAAUGAUCGUACGCGCGUUAAUUAACAACGUUCGUUUACAAAACGCGCGCGAUCUUGCCGGAAAUCGUGCGGAAACGGUCCGGAAACCAGCGUUCUCCAUCCAUCGUCGGAAUGUGAAUGAUGAACGAACUGUGUUGAGUGUCAAAAACUCGAUUGUGAUGAAUCCCCGUUAAAUUAACGUCAUUUUUGAUUGUCAAAGUGAAUUAAGCGUCUGUGAAAGUUUGUGUUUUUGGAUUAUUUGUUAAACGUUUUCGCGGAAUUUCCUUCGAAAAAUUGAUCUGAAUUUUAUACGAACGCGCCUAACACAAAAAAAAACCCAAAAAAAAAAUGUACGAAACCCAAGAAGUUUCACAAUCAAUCUGGACUCGAUGGAUUCUAGAUGCAAUUCGUAAAAUCCGGUCUCAAAAGCAACGUCCAAGCAUCGAAAGGAUAUGCCACGCAAUUCGGCAACAUCACAAUUACCACGAGGAGGUUAUCGCCGAACACCUGGAAACGUCCGUUAAAGAAGGAGCCGUAUUAAAAGUGUUCAAUAAAGGACAAAGUUCGUACAAAGAUCCCGGAGGAUUACAAAACCGAACAUUAAGUGUCGAGAAGGGAUGUGAUUUAACUAAAUUGGUCGCGAAAGCCGUUCGGGAGCUCGGUGAACGCGACGGUUCCACGAUUAAAUCCAUCGAAAAAUAUGUUCGGCAGUCUCAUACGGUCGUCGAAAGUACCGAAUUGGAUUUGCGCACAGCUUUGAGGUUAGCUGUUAAGAGAGCGGUCACGAAAUUUUUGAUUUUACAAGAGGGAAAAAAUUACAAGUAUAAUUAUAAUUCGGCGAGUCCCAGUUCAAAAAGGAAACAGGAGAAACGGGUUUCCGAUGAGUUUGAUGGUGUCACCCCAAAGGGUCCGGUAGCUAUCCCAAUUUGUUCGGAAUGUCUCGGUACGGAAACCAAAAAUGGUCGGGGCGUCUUCGAGAAAUUAAGUUCGUGCAUUGGAUGCGGAACUUACACCCAUUUGAGUUGCACGAAUGCGGGGCCGGAAUUAAAUCGUCUCGUUGCGAAAGGGGGAAAAUGGUUUUGCGAGGAAUGCAAGACCUGUUCGGGUUGCGGAAAUUCAAACGUGUCAUGGUGUCUCUUGUGUUGUUGCAAUUGCGAUCGGCAAUACCACGUUUCUUGUCUUGACCCGCCAGCGGAGAAGAAGCCGAAAUGUCCGUGGAGGUGCAAACAUUGUUUGGGGCACCACGAUAAUGUUAAAACGAAGAAAUUACAACCCGGGAGUACGGUUAAGAAAAAAAUUGAGAAGAUCCGAGAAAAACUUAAAAGGACGCCGGAAAUUGUAUCGACCCCAACCAUCAACGCUUCUUCGAGAUGCGGUUCAAACGCGGGUUCUUCGAGGAGGGCACGAGUUCCAGCAACCGGGCAGCGUUUAUCUGAGAGUGAUGAGGAUGUUUCGGAUGACGGAGAAGGGGGCGAAGCUGUCGUCGAUGAUCACGAGGGUACGCCACCAAAUCCUGACCACAUCACAAUCAACAAUUCAACCACUACCACCACCACCAUCGGUUCAACAAAUCAAAAAAUCGUCAAAAAAACCCGACCCGUUUCGGUCCUCUCGCCUAACCACAACCUUUCCUCAUCCCAUGAUGAAGAAACUUCAGAAAGUAUCAGUAGGGAGAAACAAAAAUUUUUCCGACAGAGCGCUUUUAACGUUGAGAAAAAGAAAAAGGAGGCAAUAAGAAGAAACAAUAACAAAAAAAUUAAUAAUAAGAAAGAUGAUGUAAGCGACGAUUUAAGUGAUGAUGACGAUGAUGAAAGUGAUAGUUGCUCCUCGAAUUGCUCGAUGAGUUCAACAAGUUCCGAAUCAUCGAUCGAAAACGUAAGAAUGGGGGUUAACAAAAAUAAUAAAAAAAUACCAACGUUUGGGAGCAUAAUUGGAGUCGAUAACAACGAGAAAUUAUGGGGUUUCGCAGCGGCGGCAGCCCAAAAAGAAACUUUAUUGUUUUCCGAUUUCAUCCAAAACCCAAUACUUCAAUCGUCAAAAGAUACCAAAUCGAACGAAAAAACUUCGGGUCAUUUAAAAAAUCUUUUCGAUGGUCUCUCCCAUUUUUUCGCUCCUGAUGUAUCUCGCCUACGUAAAGCUUCAUCCACGCAACUCGAUAAUAAUACAAGGCGUAAGAAAAAAGAUGAUCAAAAAGAAGAAGAAAGUCAAUUACAUAAAAAUCAUAAAAAAGAUAAACAGGAAAAAUGUCAAGAAAAAAAUGUUAACCAAGAAAAAAAUCCGUCGAAUGAAUGUCAAGAAAAAUUGGGUACUCUUGAUCCUGUUUUAUUUCCUUUAUCGCCUGUUCCUAAGAUUAAGGGUCAGAUAUUGAGUCCGUCGGACCUGGUUAGAACGGCCGUGAAGUCGAAACGGCUCGAGCUCGAGCGUCGGAGACUGCUGAGGGCGGCGGCGGAGCCACCCUCAUCAUCCUCAUUGAAUUGCGACGAGACGCGUUCCCGCAAGCGUAGUAGCGACCUCUAUGCGGAGGCGGCGACGCACACCAAUCAGACGGAUUUUUGGCCCCAACUCCCGCCCGGGGUUACUCAAAAAGACGUCGAUUUUUUCAAGGAGGCUCGAGAAAGAGCUGUUGCGGCCACCCCGCUUCCGGUUGUUGAAUCAACGGGAAACGGAGUUUUAACGUCACCAUCUCAAGCGAUGGCGGCCCAAGCACGAAACCCCGCAGCCAUCGAAUUCGGAAAAUACGAAAUCCAAACUUGGUAUUCAAGUCCGUUUCCUCAAGAAUACGCCCGAUUACCGAAAUUAUUUCUGUGCGAAUUUUGUUUGAAAUAUACGAAAAGUAAAGCCGUUUUGGAGCGGCAUCAAAAUAAAUGCACUUGGCGUCAUCCCCCGGCUACAGAAAUUUAUCGAAGGGAUGAUAUUUCCGUUUUUGAGGUCGAUGGGAAUGUGAGCAAGAUUUACUGUCAGAAUUUGUGUUUGUUGGCGAAAUUAUUUUUGGACCAUAAAACUUUGUAUUAUGAUGUUGAACCCUUUCUAUUUUAUGUUUUGACCAAGAAUGAUAAAAAGGGGUACCAUCUUGUUGGAUAUUUUUCUAAGGAGAAGCACUGCCAACAAAAAUAUAAUGUUUCUUGUAUAAUGACGAUGCCGCAAUAUCAACGACAAGGAUUUGGACGAUUUCUUAUCGAAUUUAGUUAUUUACUUUCGAAAGAAGAAGGACAACCAGGAACACCAGAAAAGCCGCUUUCUGAUUUGGGGAAAGUUUCUUACCACGCUUAUUGGAAAUCGGUUGUUUUGGAAUAUUUAGAUAAACAUAGGAGCUCAAAUUUUAAAUUAACCGACAUCAGUAAAGAAACGGGGAUGUAUUGCCAUGAUAUAGCGACCGCUUUGGAGUUAUUAAACUUUGUUAAAGCUAAUGAUGCAUCAAAAUGUUCGAUUGUAAUUGAUUGGAAAAAGGUCGAUUCUCACGUUGAGAAGGUGGCCAAAUCAACGACUAGGAUUUAUAUCGAUCCAGAGUGUCUCAGAUGGACCCCGCUUUUAACUCCAGCAGUGAAUCCUUUCCGCGAGGAAAAGAGCGAUAACGAGAAAGAGAAUAGUCUCGUUGAAACCGCCGAUAUCGUAGUUCCCUUUCCUGAAAAAAUUAUAAUUGAAGCAACCCAACCGGUUAAAUUAAAACGAGGAGGUGGGCGAAAGAGGAAAGCUAAAACACCUCAAAACCCCUCUCAAAUUAAUAACAAGCAAGUUAAAGAGGAAGAAGAAGAACUAAAAACGUCAUCUGGAAGGAAACGAAUUCGACCAAGUAAAUUCAAAGACUCAACGUUUGAGUUGAAACCCCCGGCUGAGAAGAGGAGGAGGAAUGAAUCUGAAAAGGACGAAAUGGGGUUAAAAGAAAUUAAGAGAAUUAAAGAUCAAAGCACCCCGCAACGACCGAAAAGAGAGGUUAAAGAAAAAAUGAAGCGGUUAGCACAGAGGAAAUUAAAAUGCGACGAGGAGAAGGAGGAAAUAAAAAAUGAGGAUGAAGAAAAUAAAGAGGAAAAUAAUGAAGAAAUAAGUGGUAGUGUUGAAAAGGAAACUUUGAAAUCGAAUUCGCCUUCUAAAUUAAUUAAAAAGUCGAAGAAAAAGCGGGGUUGGGUUAAAGGGCGAAGAAGAAAUUCGCCUCCAAAGAAACAAAUAACUCUGCCUGAAUUACUUAAAGGGAAAUUGAAGGAGAAGAUGGAGAGUGAGUCGGAAUCGAUGGGUUCAGAACGAUCUGAUGAAGAAAUUGAGGAAAAUGAGGAAGAGCAUUAUAAAGAUGAUUAUCGAGGAAAUUAUAAAGAAAGUGGUAAAGUAAAUGUUAAAGAAAAUUGUAAAGAAAACGUCGAUGAGAAUUGUAAAGAAAAUCUUAAGGAGAGUUGUAAAGAAAUUAAUAAAGAAAGUAAUAAAGAAAUUAAUAAAGAAGGUAAUAAGGAAAGUAAUAAAGAUGAUAAUAGAGAAAAUAAUAAGGAAGUUAACAAGGAAAGUAAUAAGGAAAGUAAUAAAGAAAGUUAUAAAGAAAAUCAUAAAGAGAAUUACAAAGAAAAUCGUAAAGAAACGCGUAAAGAAAAUCGAAGAAAAUCCCCAAAAGAAGAAACCAACAAAACCAAAAAGAAAUUAUGCGAAGAAGAUUCCUCAGCUGAGGCUGACGACGAAAUGGAAGAUGAAAUAAUCGAAAAGGAAUCAUCAUCAACGAACAAAUUUAAAUUUUCAAACUCUUCAGAUAAGGAAUAUUUGAGUUCAUCAGAAUCAGAAACGGAAAUCGACGGGCAAAAAAUCAAAACGAUUAAGAUUAAGGACGCUUUAAAAGCGGAAAGCGUCGACAAAGACAUUGAAAUUAAAGAGAAGGAGAUGAGGAUCAUCGAGGAGGAGAUCAACGACAUCCAAAAGGAGAUUAAUAAGAGCCAUAUGGAGAUUUGUACGAAAGAUGGUGGCGAAAUCAACAAAAAAUCGAUUAAUAAGGAAGAUGAAAACGUUGAAUCAAAAACUCAAAAUGAAGGUUCUGUCAUAAAAGAAUCGGAAGCCAAUCAAGAUAGAUGUGAAAAUUCGGAGAAAAAUCGUGAUUAUAAAGAAGAAAAUGUGGAGAAGAAAAUUUUGGAGUCGGCGAGUGAUGAGCAAAAUGGUUUAAUUGAUGUUGCACAAAAAGAAAUUGUUGAGGGUCAAAACCAAAGCGAAAAUGAGUCGAUUAAGUUGGUUGAGGAAAAGAAUCAAGUCGAAAUUGAUGAUGAUAAUAAAGAGAUUUGUGGCGAUAAAAUAGUUGUGGAGGAUAAAAUGAGGUUGGAGGAUAAAAUUGAUUCUGAGAGUAAGGUUGAUUCGGAGAUUAAAGUUGGUGUGGAGAAUAAAAUUGAUUUGGAGAAUGAGAAUAAAAUGGUUUUGGAGGAUAAAGUGGUUUUGGAGGAUAAAAUGAUUGUGGAGGAUAAAGUGGUUAUGGAGAAUAAGAUGGUUUUGGAGAACAAAAUAAAUGUUGAGGAUAAAUUUAAUGUUGAGAAUAAAAAUAAUGCUGAGGAUAAAUUUAAUGUUGGGAAUAAAAUUAAUGUUGAGAAUAAAAUUAGUCUUGAGAAUAAGAUUAAUGUUGAGAAUAAAAAUAAUGCUGAGAAUAAGUUUAAUGCUGAGCAUAAAAUGAAUGUGGAGAAUAAAAUCAAUGUGGAGAAUAAAAUCAAUGUGGAGAAUAAAAUAAAUUUGGAGAAUAAAAUUAAUUUAGAAAAUCAAAAAACUUUAGAAAAUAAUAAUCCAAUUGUAGAUUAUAAAAAUCAAACGGAAGAAAUGAAAUAUCAUCAACAUCAACAAAUUGAUCGUGAUCAUCAAUCAAGUUUAGAAAUAAGAAACCAACCCCAACAAGUUGUAUUAAAAAAUCCCAUUCAAAAUGAUUCCAAGACUCCAGAACAUCUUCCCCUAUCUCAAGACAUAAAACUGGAUCAACGUGAAUUAAAGCCACAAGAAAUAAUAAUGAGAGGAACUGAGGUUAGAAACCAAAAUUAUCCAGAAACAAAACUGCAUCACCAAUACCCAGACUCAAAAACGCCCCAAAUCGAGCAUAAACACCUCCAUCAACACUCAGAGUCACUUAAUUUCGAGCGCAAACCUCCCCAACAAAUUAAUCAUUACGAUUUGAAUCAACAAGCUUUGUUGUAUUUGAAGAAUCAAGCUAUGUUCGAAGUUCCAGGUUAUGAUUUGAAGAAUCAGCAACAAAUAUUCGAUUUAAAACAACAAACGAUAGGGUUACAACAAGUUUACGACGUCAAACAACACCAACAACAAAAAGUUGAAAUUCCCCAAAAAAACUUUUUGAAUCAAAAUAACCAAGAAGCGAAAAAAAUGUACAAAGAAGAAAAAGAAUUAAUAAGAGACGAGAAAAAAGAGAAAAAUGAAACGAUCGAUCACAGCGAAAAUAAAAUCCGAAUCGACGAGGAGAAAAAGAAGGUUAAAAAAGGCGAGGGGAAACAAAAAGAGAAAAAACACCAACAACAACAACACCAGCACCAACAUCAACAAAUUCAGGUGCAACAACACGACGAAAUUAAAAUUCCCAUUGAUAAUAAACGAUAUGAAAUUAAAAAUGAAACUUUAUUACCACGACCCCCACCGGAAUUCCAACCGAUGGCGCCUAAUUACGCGAUACCUCAGGGUCAAUACAAUUGGCAGUGGCAAAAUUUUUACGGCGAUUACCAACGUUAUCACCACAUGCCCCCGCUACACAUCCCACAACUCGAUGUCUUACCAAAACAACCCGACAAAGAAAAGCCGAAGAAAACGCAAAAAACCCAAAAAGAAAAAAUCUCGCCCAAAAAAGAAGACAGAAAAAAAGACCUCAACAAAGAUUGUUUAGUGAAAUCGAACGAAUUCGACGAAAAAAAGAAAGAAGAUGAAACCCCAACUAACGAAAUGUAUCCGAAUCAAAAUCAAGCGAUUAAACACACCCCACCAGGGAAUGAUAUAUCAAUGGGAGUUUACACCCCCGAUUCCACGACAAACUCGGUACAUAGCCUCCAAUAUAAUUCGGGUGAGUUGGAUGUGAAUCAAUUAGGGUUGGAAUCCCCCACUUCUAUAUCUUCAGAUAUGGCAUCUCAGAAUUCCGUUGAAACGGUUCGACCACCCUCGGAGAUGCAAAAUACGAAUUACGAUUGCACAGUGCAACAAAAUAUGGCGAUGCACCACCAAACGAGCGUCCCAGCGUCGAGCCCGAACGUUCUUCACAUGCAAAAUACAACGAGUAAUAAGCGGAUGCAACAAGCGCGGAGGAGCAACACCCCGUCGAAUAAAAAUAAUGUACGAAGCACCCCGCCGAAUGUCACUAAUAAUAUAAUUCACCAACAAAGAAGAUCCACCCCACCCGUUCAAACUCAUCAACACAUGCAAGCGAGUCCUAAUCACCAAAAUAUGCAACAAGGUCAUCACUCAACACAACUCCUUCAACAACAAGUUUUGCAUCAAAGUUAUGGGCACCACCAUCAAUUAAGCGGGGGGAUGCAUCAACACCACCAUCAUAUUAGCCAGGGGAAUUAUAUAAUGCCGCAAAUGUCGGGGGGAUUUACUCAAAGCGGGCAUGUUCCCUCAAUGACGACGGUGAUUCAACAUAGAAUGGCGCAACCGCAAAAAAUUCCGCAAACUUGCGCUGUUAGUACCGGGAAUUUUUAUGCGGCCGCAGUUCAAAAUCCGCACCAUCAAACACCGCAAAAUCAACAAAACCCCACAUCAGGGGGAAAUUCGAGUUGUAGCUUAGCGAAAUUACAACAAUUAACGAACGGUUUAGAAAUGAUUCCCCCCGCGUCUUGUAACACGAUGACCCCACCCCCGAAUGCGAUGACGAUAACCCCACCUCCACCACAUCACCCCCACGCAACGAUGACCCCACCCCCACCACCACAUCAAAUGAUACAAAAUCAACCGGUUCGAAAUUUGGGAACUCCUCCGUCCACGAUACAAAAUUUACAACCUCAAGUAUUAAGUUAUUCGAAGUAUUACCAACCGAAUGUGAAUAUGAAUCAGUUAGGCGGGGCGGUUACUCCGCCGAUGGGGCAAAAUUUAGGGCGGACUUCGAGAAAUUCGAAUAUAACGGUGCAACAUAUGCAGCCGACGUCGAGUAGGAUUAGUCCGAACGUUCCGAAUAUUGUGCCCGGGCAAUACAAUUUGAGCGAGUAUAGGAUGACGGCGCAACAAGGCGCGCCGAUAACCGGGUAUAUUGCGAAUACGACGGGGUUUAUUAAUAAUCCGAUGCAAAUGAUGAAUAUGGCGCAGCCUAAUUAUCAGAACGCCGCGACGCAAAUACAAAGGGGACAACAGAAUCCGAUGUAUCCAACACCACACGGGUAUAUUUAUAAUAACAUUAUGCAACCGCUUAAUGGAAGACGGUGAGAGUAAAACAAGAAAAGAAGAAAAUUCGAUUUUAUUAAAUAGUGUGAAAAUGAUCUCAAAAUGAAUGAGAACCUUUCGACAGGCUGUGCAAAAAAUAAACGGUUAUUUAAAUUGAGUUUGGUUUAAAAAGAAAAAUGAAAUGAAAAAAAUAUGGUGUAUAUAGAGUGUAAGUUGUAAGAAAUAGUGAGGUCGAAAGAAAACGUAUCUGAAAGAAACUGCGAAUGAGAAAAAGGAAGAUGCCACAAAAAGGAACUUCAACAUCACAUUUACUAAAUAUUAGUUUUUAAUAAAAAUCGCGUUUGUUUUUUUUAGAUGUUUUUAGAAUUGUUAUUUAUUUUUGCCUUUAAAAUAACUAAAAAUGUAAGAUAUAAAGUUGUACAGAUUUGUAAAUUUUUGUAUAAAAGAUGGUGCGGAAUAGUUUCUUAUUUUUUAUUUAAGGUCGUUUAUUUAUAUUGGUAUUAUUGAGUAUGUACAAAAAGAAUCACUAAUUAGUGAGGUACAUAUUAUUAUUAAAAAUAAAUCUGUUUAUUAAUUUC